AUGUCUACCUUUAAUGACUUAUUAUCGGUCAACUCACAAUUGGGUGAAGAAACUAAAUCAGUCAUUAAGGCAAUUUCUCUCAAUGAGAAAACUACAUGGGAGAAAUUUCAAGAAGAAACUAAAGAUAUGUUUCAAUACCAGGAACUAGGAUGGUUCUGCAAGGGAUACAGUUUCAGAGAAAUUAUAAAAGAAGCAAAGCGCGCCGAUCCAGAAGAUUUCCAUGGCCCAUUUGAAAUAAUCACAGAUUUUUUGUAUCUAGGAGGCGCAUUAACAGCAGCAUCACCCUUACGGCUCAAGAACUGUGGAAUCCGAUACAUACUAAAUCUCUCAUGCUUAGAUAAUUUUUUUGAGAGAGAAGAGCAGUUAGUUGAGUAUCCAGGAAUUGAACCUUUUCGGUAUUUACGUAUUGUUAUUGACGAUAAUUGCAAGGUUGAUAUCCGACAGUAUUUUAAUAUCUGUGCAAAAUUCAUAAAUAUGGCACGAGACGAACACGAAAGAGUCUAUGUACAUUGUUAUGCAGGCAUAAGCAGAUCAGUGACAAUAAUCUUGGCAUAUUUAGCGUCGAUUGGACGAUGGAACAUUGACGAUGAAUUAAUGAAAAUAAAGACGUUGCAUUCUUGGAAAUGCCAGCCUAAUCCCGCUUUUAUGAGGCAGCUAUACGAAUACGCAGAUGACUUGAAAAAGGGAACUUACUCGACACAAGCAAGUAAAUCCUCUGUGGCAUUGGAGGAUCCGAAAAAACGGUUUUAUGAGACACUUGAUUUAGAUGAAUAG